AUGGACGAUGAACGUGAGAUGUCAGUUGAAAUGGAUGUUUCGAUGGAGGUGACGGCGGCAGCGACGGAGGGAAAGGUGACGAAGCCGGAAACAGGUGGUGUAGCAAGUACACAGAGUAAGAAAGUACCACAGCAUUUGCUUGAGAAAAGACGGUUAGGGAGGAUUAAAGCAGCGGAGGAGUUUGCCAGGAAGUUGAAGAAGAUAGGGAUUGAAAAACAAGACAAUAUUCAUAUCUCGCAGACGGGGUUGUUUAGGGUACAUUCUUUAAUUAAUCAAAAGAAUUAUUCUUCAGAUUAUCUUAGAAAGGAUGAUCAAAUCUUCUCGAUGCGAGAGCGGAAAAACUUGAGAAGUGGGAAUGUCAAUUCAAUAACGAACAGUAGCCAGCCGCUUAUUGCUUUACCAGAUGUACAGGACGACGAGGUGAAGACAAACGGGGACGAAGAUGGGCUUGAUGAUACGGCGGAUACAAACACGAUUGUAAUACACCCUGGAUCGAGAUCAUUGAAAAUUGGUCUAUCCACAGAUGUGUUUCCGUUGUCUAUACCGAGUUGUGUUGCAAUUGCAAGGUCUGAACAAGUUGAAGUACCUUCACAACCAAGGUAUGACAAUGACGAAGAGUUUAUGGGGAAUUUGCAACAGAUUCAGUCUGAUUUUAAGGAACGUAUGAGGUAUUAUAAGCGUAAAAUUAUUCCUAAUUCACACGAGCAGGUUCUUUCGUACAACAGUAAGUGCCAGCCUGAAAAGAUACCUGAGCAUAAUGACCUACAUAGGAUCGAAUGGAUCAAGAAGUCCGAUGCAUCUACUAAGGUCUAUUACGGUGAAUAUGCCGAGAGGUGUCUUCCAGAGGGCUUCUUAUUACGUUACCCCUUUGCGAACGGCUCAUUUAACGUGAAAUCUCCAAACUACAAUUCUUUACAAGAGUUACUGAAUGACGUUGUGAAUUUGAUUACCUUUGCGCUAUCUGAGACAAAGCUAAAUAUUAGCAAGUCGCAAUUUUCAAGCUACAAUGUUGUUCUAAUAAUACCAGACUUGUUUGAAAAGAGUUACGUAGAGCAAAUGAUACGACUUUUAAUCUCUGAAAUGGACUUUCAGGCUGUGGCGCUCAUCCAGGAAUCGCUUGCGUCUUGUUACGGUGCUGGGCUCUCAAAUUCAACUUGCGUAAUAGACAUUGGUGGUUCUGAAACUAAAAUUUCAUGCGUGGAUGAAGGCCAAGUUAUUCAGAAUAGCUGCAUAAAACUCUCAUAUGGAGGUGAUGACAUUACAAAACUAUUUGCUGAGCUGUUGUUGCAGUCAAACUUUCCUUAUGAAGACUGGAACUUAAAUACAAGACAGGGUUGGUUAUUGGCUGAACAACUGAAAAAAAAUCACAUUACUUUCCAAGAUGCGGAUGUUGCAGUUCAAUUGUUCAACUUCUUCAAAAGGAAUCCAAAUAUAUCUGGUGCAGAAAAGUAUGAAUUCAAACUUUUUAACGAGGUCAUGGUCAGUCCUAUGGCUUACUUUUACCCGCAAAUUUUGGCUCUGCUAAAACCUCCCGUCGAGGUGAACAAAUAUGUCCAGCAACAAUUGCCACCAUCUCGUGACCCAUAUACCUGCAAACCGGAUGAUCCUCAAUCAGUUUCAAAUUUGGGAUCUUUAAGCGGUAAGUGGUAUACAGAGAUGAGCAAGGACUUGGAUAUUGUUCGUAAGCUUAUUAGCAUUACUGACAAAGUGGAAGCGUUGUCUGCUAAUUCUUCUGAUGGAACGGCGUCAGAUACUAUUGUGGAGAAUACUGAAGAAGUUAGCAACUACAUGCCCUUAGACAAGGCUAUAAUUGAAUCUGUCACCAAUGCAGCUGUAUUACUUGGCGAUAAUAUGUCAAAAUUAACAAAUUUUUACUCAAAUCUAUUAAUUGUUGGUGGUUCGUCAAAGGUUCCAGGGCUAGAUCUAAUUCUUACUGAUAGGAUUAAUAUAUGGAGGCCGCGCCUUUUGAGUGUUUCAACUCUUCCUGUGAUCUAUAAAAAGAUCAGCGAUAUGGUUAAGCAAGUUGAAAGUGAAAUCAAAAAGAACAACGUUGAAUCCGAAGAGGAAAUUCAACAAAGCAGGAAAAAACUUAUCAAGUCGAUUAAAAUUGAGCUUGAAAAUUAUUGGGAGUCUGUUGAUCCGUAUGAACAUGUCUAUCCCAUUACAGUGCUACCUCCCCCAAGAGAAAUGGACCCUUCAAUGUUAACGUGGAAAGGUGGAAGUGUGUUUGGUAGAAUUAAACUGUGCGAAGAGCUGUACAUUACUGAAAUGGACUGGGAAAUGUUAGGCAGUAGGAUUUUAAAAUACAAGUGCAUUUUUGAUUAUUAG